CAAAAGAUGCUUCAGCGUCCUAAUAAUCUCCUUCCGUUGUUUACCUUUUUCAUAUUCCUCUCAUUCUGGGACCUUAACGGCGUCGUUUCGGAUCCGCAGACCAAUCUUGUGAGCAGAUUCUGCAACCCCUACGAUGGAUUGCUCGUCUCCAACAUCUCCAUCUUCGAUGAAAACCUAAACGCAACGUUGAGAGACAUCAGAAAGCAGAUUACUGAACAAAACAAGCACUUCGCUACGGCGCAGGAAGCCAAUGGAGGAAACCCCGCUGCCACACUUUUUCAGUGCAGAAACUAUCUCUCCGUCGCCGACGACUGUGUCGCCUGCUUUGAUGUCGCCGCCGUGAGAAUUCACAGUUGCGCCGCUGGGUCCCCCGGUGGUUUCGUCGUCUAUGAUGGGUGCUUCCUCAGGUAUGAUGCGAGCAACGCUUUCUUUGGUGAGACAACGCCGUCAAUCAACAGUGUAAGAUGUGAUGGGAAUCAGACUGCUGAUGGAGAAGCCACUGCAUUUGACUCAACAGCUCAACAAGUCCUAACCAAUCUCCAAACCAGAACACCCACAGCCACUGGUUUCUCUGCAGCCACAAAGAUGCAAGUUCCCGCUAAUAAUAAUAAUAACGCUCAAACUAUUUAUGCUUUUGCUCAAUGUAUUGAAACCAUCACUCAGAAUCAGUGCCUCAGUUGCUUGAAUGCUGCGUAUAGAAAUUUGCAGACUUGUUUUCCCAAUUCGGAUGGUAAGGCUUUUGCUAAUGGCUGUUUCAUGAGAUACUCCACCACAUCCUUCUUUCCUGAUAACCAGACCUUUCACAUUGUACCCUUGAUCAAACAUGGUUCAAAUAAUAAGAAGGGGACCAUUAAAGGUGUAAUUGUUGGAGGAGUAGCUUUUGUUUUGAUCCUCCUUGCACUAUUGGCUUGGAUUAAAAGACCAAAAAGGCCCGAGAGAUCAGUUCCUAGAGGGGACCUAUCUGCAGUAAGUAAGUUGAAAGGCCCAAUAAAUUUUACUUAUAGCGAGUUGAAGUUUGCUACUAAGAAUUUCAGUGCUGAAAAUAAACUUGGGGAAGGAGGGUUUGGAGCUGUAUAUAAGGGCACUUUGAAGAAUGGGAAUAUAGUUGCUGUAAAGAAAUUAACUUUACGCCAGUCUAAGAAGGUGGAGGAAGAAUUUGAAAGUGAAGUGAAGCUUAUAAACAAUGUUCAUCAUCGAAAUCUUAUUCGGCUUCUUGGAUGUUGCAGUAAAGGCAAUGAGAGAAUUCUUAUUUAUGAAUAUAUGAAAAACACCAGCCUUGACAAAUUCUUAUUUGGUAAAAAUAGAGGUUCUCUUAGUUGGAAGCAGCGGUAUGAUAUAAUUUUAGGAACAGCAAGGGGUUUGGCUUAUCUACAUGAAGAAUUUCAUGUUCGUAUCAUACAUAGAGAUAUAAAAACUAACAAUAUUCUCUUAGACGAUGAUCUCCAACCAAGAAUUGCUGACUUCGGUUUAGCAAGGCUUCUACCUGAGGAGAAAACUCAUCUAAGCACAAAAUUUGCAGGAACAUUAGGAUACACAGCGCCAGAAUAUGCAAUUCAUGGUCAAUUAUCAGAAAAGGCUGAUAUUUAUAGCUAUGGCGUUGUAGUCCUAGAAGUUAUGAGUGGUGAACGAAGCAAUGAAUUGAAUUUUGAAGGCGAAUUCCUCAUUCGAAAAGCUUGGAAGCUAUAUGAGAGAGGCAUACACAUAGAGUUGGUGGAUGAUACCUUGGAUCCUAAUGAUUAUAAUGCAGAAGAAGUGAAGAAAAUCAUAGAAAUUGGUCUACUCUGCACCCAAGCAUCUGCAGAAUUAAGGCCAUCAAUGUCUGAAGUAAUUGUUUUGCUCCAAGGCAACGACUUAUUAGAAAAUAUGAUGAAACCCACCAUGCCUAUCUUGAUUGAAACUUAAUUCUAGGGGUCCCUGUGACCCAUCUCUACCAUUACUGCUUCCCUCAUCAAUCGCCAAGCCCAUCACUUUUUUAGCAGACUUUGUAUUUCCCAAGAAUCUGUGGUUAAGGGUGAUAUUUCUACCAUUACCCACUUGUCAACAAAGAUUUCAAACAAGAAAAUACACA